GAACAAGAAAAAAUCGAUGGUGUUUGUUAGUAAACAGAGUAGCCGGUGUUCGGUCGCCGUAGCGAAACCCGUUGUUGCUUGCUGUGAAAAGUUUAGUUUCACAUUUCUGCUGUUCGGACUGUUACACCAGUACAGACGUUCGUUUGUGUGUCGUCUCAAUCUUCAUCUGGUUUUAUGAUUAGCUUCGAUCAGAUCUUGCAACGUACGUACUACGAUAGAUGCAACAAUGCACAUGCAUUUGUAUGUAGUCAAACCAUGUGCAAUACGUGGUUAUACAUUGGCAGCCAUUCCCUGAGAAAGAGCGAUUGAGACAUGAUGCUCAAAUUAGUGCGAAAAAAUGUAAACAAUCCAACGUCAACCGGUUUGUUGGUAGGCAAUCGCGGUGCAUGUUGUGCUACGAAAUGGCCCGUGCCGAGUCUAAAUUUUACAAUCGUUGCCGAUUCUGCUUUAAUCAGGACGAGCAGAAGCUAAUGCCCUUGUCGAUAACACUGGACGCGACGCUAACGAUCUUGGAUGUAGAGCAUUUUACGGGGCUUAAUUUGCAGGAUUUAGAUCGCGAAGAUAAACCUUUCAUGGUGUGUGAUGGAUGUGACCGGCAUGUUAAUGUAAGUGUCGCGUUUCGAAACACUUGCCGUAGGAACGACGCGUUUUUCAAGCAGGAACCGUGUAAUGAAUCUGCUGAAGAUGACGAUGAUAAGGAUGAAGCAAUGGACACAUUUGCCGGGCCAGCUUCGGAGAUGAGCAUAUCGGCGGACGAGACCGCCCCUGAAAAGGACGUCUUUGCCGAUGAGGAUACAGCAGAGAAUCACGAUAUAGAUGAAGAAUCAUCGGACGAUUUUACAUGGCCAGAAGCUCCCUCGCCAAAGGUAGAGAAGAUCGUCCGCCGAAGGCUGCCAAAAACAGAAUCCACUUCUCGACGAAAAAAGACAAUAAACAGGAAAUGGCUUUGUACUAUUUGUGGUUUGUUCAUGACGAAUUACACCAAACAUAUGCAAAGGCAUAUUGAUCCAACUCCGUUUGCGUGCCCGCACUGUGAUAAGAAAAUGAGCGACUCUGCAAAUAUGAAGCGCCACAUUGAUGCCGUGCAUUUGAAAAUAGUCGUUGCAACGUGUGAAGAAUGUAAUUUGCCAUUCUAUGUAAAACCUGAAUAUAAAUGGCAUAUGGUGCGCGUGCAUGGUCAAGGGGACAUGACACCGCGUUAUAAAUGCCAGUUUUGCCCGAAGGCGUUUUAUUUCCAUACCCGCAUGCGGGUGCACAUGGAACAGAAGCACUACGAACAUCGAAACUACGUGUGUAAAAUUUGUGGCAUGCGAUUUAAAACAAACAAUGCUCUUCUCGUACAUAAGAAAAUACAUUCGUCUGAAGCGCACUACCAGUGCCGUAUCCCAAUGUGUUCGAGGCGAUUCAGGAGCGCGAACGGUCGCAAACAGCACGAAAUGACACACAGCGGCAUCAUUUUCGGAUGCGACCAGUGCGACAAGCAGUAUCGUAGCAGUGGGUUGCUUAAAGCACACGUGAGAAAAUGCCAUCCAAAUCCAUUGAAGGAAGAGGGUAGUGACGAGCAGAAGCUGAUGCCCUUGUCGAUCACAGUGGACGCGACGCUAACGAUCUUGGAUGUAGAGCAUUUUACGGGGCUUAAUGAUUUAGAGCGCAAAUACAAACCUUACAUGGUGUGUGAGGGAUGUGACCGGCAUGUUAAUGCUUGUGUCGCGUUUCGAAACACUUGCCGUAGGAACUACGCACUUUUCAAGCAGGAACUAUGUAAUGAAAUUGUUGAAGAUGACGAUGAUAAGGAUGAAGCAAUGGACAUAUUUGCCGGGGCAGCUUCGGAGGUGAGCAUAUCGGCGGACGAGACCGCCCCAGAGAAGGACGUCUUUGGCGAUGAGAAUACAGCAGAGAAUCGCGAUAUAGAUGAAGAAUCAUCGGACGAUUUCACAUGGCCAGAAGCUCCCUCGCCAAAGCAUAUGCAAAAGCACAUUGAUCCAACUCCGUUCGCCUGCCCGCACUGUGAUAAGAAAAUGAGUGACCCUUGCAAUAUGAAGCGCCACAUUGCUGUCGUGCAUUUGAAAAUAGUCGUUGCAAAGUGUGAAGAAUGUAAUUUGUCAUUCCAUGGAAAGCCGGACUAUAAAUGGCAUAUGGUGCGCGUGCAUGGUCAAGGGGACAUGACACCGCGUUAUAAAUGCCAGUUUUGCCCGAAGGCGUUUUAUUUCCAUACCCGCAUGCGGGUGCACAUGGAACAGAAGCACUACGAACAUCGAAACUACGUGUGUAAAAUUUGUGGCAUGCGAUUUAAAACAAAAACAGCUGUGGUUGCUAACCACUGGUGUUGCUAUAAACAUUGGACACGGUUUUAUGGCAUCGUCGCGCUGUCAACGACCCUGUUGCCUCAAGGGUUAGCGGGUUUGUUAUUAAACAACAGCGAGGUGUGUGUGCGCUUGGCGAUGGCUGUUCCAGCAAAAUUAGGGAAUAUUUGUAGAUUUUGCCUCAACCAGAAGCAGGACCAACUGGUUCCACUCAUCACGAUCGUGGACAGUUCGCUUACGCUAGAGAACAUAGAAAGAUUUACCGGAAUUGAGAACCUAGAGGAGGAAAGCAAACAGUACGCCUCGUGCAGCGACUGCCAUAUGGCGCUGCUCAGUUCCGUGUCCUUUCGCAACACGUGCCUGGCAAAUGAAGCACUCUUCAGGGAGCUGUGCACCGUAGUGGAGGAACAUCUCGACGAUGACGAGGCAGAUGAGUUUGUGGUCGAGGAACUGCAGGAAACGGUCUCGGAAAUGGAAUUCAUUGUGGUAAAUAAUCGCAAAAAACGGAAAGCGACUGAAAGGAAGGAAUCGCCGGCAGGCAAAGCGCGAACGUGCAGCAGAACCACGCGAAGUGUGAAUGACGGAACGAAGCCUGACACCGAUUACUGUGCGAACCGGAUCGAGCUCGGUGAACCGUUCUCCUCCGACGAGGAGCAAAGGUCGACCCGGGCAGGCCAGGUGAUACUGGACAAGGAGGCACUGUUUGCCGAGAGUUUGCGGCUUAUACGAGAGGCACAGGAACGGAACGUGCAUGCCACGGCGGAAACCCUCGAGUCCGCGGGCGAUGAGAGCAAUGAUUCAAGUCAUGCGCCACCCGUUGCUAGCGAGCGGCACCCGAGAACUCCCAAAAUGCAGCUGUGUGAGGUGUGCGGCAAGGUGGUGCAGAAGCUGAGCGAACACAUCGCGAUCCACACGAAGGAAAUGAGGUACGCGUGCCCGCACUGCCCGGUGAGGAUGGCCAACCAUGCGAAUCUGUACCGCCACGUGCAGGCCGUCCAUCUGAAGCGGGUGGUAAAAUCGUGCGAAAUUUGCGCCAAGGGAUUCACCAGCAACGCGUCGUACAAAUCACACAUGCGCUCGGAGCAUGGGAUUGGUGAAACGUACGAGUGCAAGCUAUGCCCGAAGAAGUUCAACCAUCCGGGCAACUAUCGCGUACACUUUAUCCGUUGCCAUAGUGACGUAAGGAAAUUCACCUGCACGAUCUGUGGGAAGCAGUUCAAAGAAAAGCGCGAUCAUCGAAACCAUCAGCGAGUACACUCGGACGACAAACCCUUCGGCUGCAGCCAGUGCCCGAAGCUGUUCAAAAGCGAUUACGCCAGGAAAACGCACGAACUGACGCACAGCGGUGUAGUGUUUCGGUGUGCGCACUGUGAUAAAGGAUACCGCUACAAAUGCCUGCUAAACAUACACAUAAAGAAGGACCAUACUGCAACAAUAAAGCAAGAAGGCACCAACGAUUGACACACACACACGUUGGUCACCAACAGGUAACAGAGCGAGGCGAA